GACAACGGACCAGCAGAAACCAUGGCAGACCCCCUCUACGAGCUGCUCAUCCCCUACUUCGACGCCCAAGAUGCGUCCCCCACCACGCGCCCCUCCGCGACCGACCCCGUCAUUAUACAAUACCUCGCCCGCCUGACCACGCUUCCCGUGCAAGCUCUUUCCUCCUCAGAGCCUCAAUCGCUGACUCAAAGCUCCCAAUCCAUCCUGCGCUCCCUCCAGGCCCUCACCAAGCGAUCCCACAAAGCCAUCAUAUCGUCCAAUGACCACCUGUCCCAUCUCCGCACUGUGCUCCCCAACAUCGCUCACGAUGCCGUCUCUAUACACGCUCAGCUGCCUGAACUGGACACGGCCGCCCACUCCUUUGCUGAGAAAUACAGCAAGAGUGCUGAAAAUCCCAUUCUGGACCGCCGGCGCAAGGCCAUGCUGCUUGCUCGCAACAUCGAUCGCGUAUCCGAUGUGCUCGACCUUCCCAAUCUGCUAUCUACAGCCAUAUCAUCCUCAUCCACAGCAACUACCCAGUCCUCGACUACCUCAUCGACUGUAGCAAAUGCAAACUAUGCAUCCGCUUUGGAUCUAUAUGCCCACAUCAAACGACUCUACACCCUCUACCCGGCCUCUUCACUCAUCUCUACCCUCUCCUCCCAGGCAGAACAGGAGAUGAAGACCAUGACCACAAACCUCAUAAACUCGCUCCAAUCACAGGGCAUUAAGCUGGCAGGCGCUAUGCGCACCAUUGGCUGGUUACGCCGCGUCGCACCCGAGCUAGACGAAGCCUGGUCCACGCGCCAAAGCGGCAUUGGGAGCGGGGAAGGCAAUCUGGGUGCUUUGUUUCUGGUGUGCCGUCUCGCCUGUCUAGAGAGUAUGUUGGCGGCUCUCGACCCCCUCAAAGAGCUUGCAGACCAAGAGUCGGCCAGACGAGAGAGCGGAACCGCGGCUGGCUCAGACAAGGCCCUGUGGGUUCAAGGCCAACAAACCGAGAAGUACCUGAAAAAGUACCUCGAAGUGUUUCGCGAGCAAUCUUUCGCCAUCAUCUCCAUGUACAAGUCCAUCUUUCCAUCAGCGUUGCCAGCACCCGGAUCAACCUCGGACGAGACCACCGCCUCUACCUCUACCCAGCAAACACCCACUGACGCUUCCCAACCAACUCCUUCAGCCCUCGCAACCUUUCCCCUACAUCUCGUCCAAACCCUCUUGGAAACCCUGCAUGCAUACCUCCCAAAUGUGACGGAUCGCUCCAGCCGCGACUCGCUACUCACUCAGGUCUUGUAUUGUGCAGGCUCGCUGGGGCGGCUGGGCGCCGAUUUCAGCAUCAUGAUUGCGCUUCUCGAGGAAGAGCUGCGCUCUGGCGCGGACGGGGAAGAUGAAGUGUCGGACGAGGAAGAGGGCGAUGAGAUUGAAGUUUCGGGGGUAGAAGGAGAAGAGGAGUGGGUUGAGGUCAUGAAGAAACAUCGGGUGCAGGCCAGCCGUUUGGAGCUAUUGGCUUCGGGCGUGGGAACUUCUGCGCGGAACAGUCCUACCCCUACUGCUGCCAGUCCGGCCGUUCAUUAA